AUGGCAACCCCACCUUUCACUAACCCUUUCUCUGAUUCUCUUCUUCCCACCUCUGACCCUGCCCUACACACCUACACCCCUCCCAUCUCUAACCACCAUGUUUCUAGCCUUCUUCCUAUUAAACUAACCCGUGAUAACUAUCUUUUGUGGAAAGAACUCUUCCUUCCUAUUCUUCAAACCUCUGAUUUCCUUGGUCUCAUCAAUGGUACUGACUCCUGCCCAACCCAAUACAUCCCUAAUCCCGAAAACCCUCUUAACACCAUUGUUAAUCCCGAUUUUCUUUACUGGUUUAAAAAGGAUCAGACUUGUAAGAUCUGGAUCCACUCUUCACUCUCUGAAAGCAUCCUUCCCUAUAUAGUUGGCUCCUCCACCUCUAGAGAUCUCUGGCUCACUCUUGAAAAAAGGUUUGCUGCCAUCACAAGAUCCCACCUUUUGCAGCUCAAAGCUCGUCUUCAGAAUCUCAAAAAGGGGUCUCUACCCAUGCUGGACUAUCUUCAACUUAUCAAACACACUGCUGACUCUCUUUCUGCUGCUGGUGCUCCUCUUGAUCCUACAGAUUUCAUUGCUCAUGUUCUCAAUGGCCUCCCUGCUGAGUAUGAUGCCUUUGCUACCUCCAUCAGAGUUCGUUCUGACCCUGUCGACCCUGAAGAACUCCAUGGCCUCCUACUUAGUGAGGAAAUGGCUCUUGCCCAGCGUGCCUCUCUCAACAGCGACUCCUCAUCUCAUGCAUUUCACACCUCCUCCCAAACCAACAAUAAAGCUUUCCCCUUUUCCAAUAACUCUCGCCCCUCUUCCUCCACCAACAGAACCUCAAACAAACCUUUCCAAUCCUCCAACAACUCCUCAUCCUCGUCUUCUUUUCGCCCUCCAUACCGCCCCUCCAAUUAUGUCAACUCUCGCAUCAAAUGCCAAAUUUGCAACAAACCCGGUCAUACCGCUAUUACUUGCCGCAACCGUCACAACCACUCAUAUCAAGGCCAUGCCCCUUCCCCUCGUCUCACUUCUUAUUCUCCCACACAUCAUAAUCCCAUUGCCUCUUACACCUCAUAUCCCUCAAGUCAUCCCCACCAUACAUCCACAUGGUAUGCUGAUACAGGAGCUACAAAUCACAUCACUCAUGACUUAUCUACCAUCUCAAUGCCAUCUGAUUAUGCUGGUUCUGAAAAGGUAACGGUGGCUAAUGGACAGACUCUUGACAUACACCAUUCUGGACAAUCUCACAGGCAAAAUCCUUUUUCAGGGCCAUACUGAAGGUGGCUUAUAUCCUAUUCACCUCUCUUCUCAAAAGAAAUCACCUUCCUGUCUUAUGAUCACUGCUUCUCCAUCUCUCUGGCAUCAAAGGACUGGUCAUCCGUCUGCUCAAAUACUACAACAAAUCAUCUCCAAAAACAAUCUUCCAGUUUUAGGCAAAUUUAAGUAUCUAUCUUUUUGUAAUUCUUGUCCGUUGGGAAAGCAAACUAAGCUUCCUUUUCUUUCUCCCUCAUGUAUUUCACGUUCUCCUCUGGAAUUAAUUCAUACAGACCUUUGGGGACCAUCUCCUACUCCAUCUUUUUGUGGUUUUCGUUAUUACAUCAUUUUUAUUGAUGACUAUUCUAAAUAUUGCUGGCUUUAUCCUUUACUCACCAAAUCUGCUGCUCUCACUGCUUUUAAACAAUUCAAAAUACACAUUGAAAAAUUACUUGACCACAAAAUUCGCACUCUAAGGAGUGACAAUGGUGGUGAAUUCACCAACCUUGCCUUUCAACAAUUUCUCACUGCUAAUGGUAUAACCCAACAAUUUUGCUGUCCUCACACUCCUGAGCAAAAUGUCUUAGCCGAGAGAAAACAUCGCCACAUCAUUGAGCUCACAAGAACUUUGUUUGCUCAAUCUAAUCUUCCAUUAAACUAUUGGGUUGAGAUUGCUCAAACCUCGGUCUAUCUAAUUAAUAGAAUGCCGAAUAGAGCUCUUCACUUUAUUUCUCCCCUACAACAAUUAUUUCAUUGUACCCCAGAUUACACAUUUUUAAAAGCUUAUGGGUGCACAUGUUAUCCCUGGUUGAGACCUUACUCAAAGCACAAAUUGGCUUUUCGCAGUCAUCCUUGUGUCUUCAUUGGGUAUGGCAUUCAACACAAGGGAUACAGAUGUCUUGAUAUUAAGACUGGA